AAUUGUGUAAUAAAUAUUGGUUUCAUGCAGUUUCAUUAUGAAUUUAGUGCAUUCUAUUGUGGAACGUGAGAAAGGAUCUGCAUCGAUACGUGAUUAUGACAUUGCUUUAUAUCGUUUAAAAUGUUACAAAGAUGACGUCUACCGAGGUAUAACACCAAAUACAAAUGCACUUGAUUUUAAUCCAGAACCACCCGUUUUUGCGUGUCGAUUUUGUACUACAGAAGGGUAUAAACAAAUAAUUGCUUUAGCAAAUGAAGAUGGAAAGAUUGCUUUACAAGAUACAAGCAUUAAAGAGACAUCAAAUCAACCAUUGGAAGGAACUCAGGCACAUUGCAAUGCAAUAUUUGAUAUUGCUUGGAUGCCAGGAGAUUUAAAGCUAGUUACAGCAUCUGGAGAUCAUACUGCUAGAUUAUGGGAUGUAUCUGGUUCUGAAAUAAGACAAAUAGAUUAUUUUCAUGCUCACACAAGAAGUGUUAAGACUGCAGUGUUUCGUUAUCAAGAUCAAGCUGUAUUUGCAACUGGAGCUAGAGAUGGCUCUAUAAUGGUAUGGGACAUUAGAGCUAAUCAUUAUGACCAACCUAAACCAGAUAAUUGUAUUGCCAAUGCACAUAAUGUUGGAAAUAUAAGCAAUAUACGACAGCGUAGAGCAAUUAAUCAUGCAUCCAGGGCACAAAGUAUUACUGGUUUGGCAUUUCAAGAUGAUUUCACUUUACUUUCAUGUGCUGCUGGUGAUGGUUUAAUAAAGGUGUGGGAUUUGCGUAAAAAUUAUUCUGUACACAAAAGGGAUCCCUUGGCUAAGCAUACAAUGAAUUAUACUGGACAUAGUACAAGAAAUGGAUUUUCAUCAUUAUUAAUGUGUCCUGCUAGAAUUACACUAUAUGCAAGUUGUAUGGAUAAUAUUAUAUAUGCAUAUAAUAUAUCAUCUUACAAUCCUAAACCAAUUGCAGAAUUUUAUGGACAUCAAAAUCGUACAUAUUACGUUAAAACCUGUUUAAGUCCUGAUGGACGUUAUAUUGCUAGCGGUUCCAGUGAUGAACUUGCAUAUAUUUGGCGUACAAAUAAGCCAGGGGCACCAGUUGUGCAACUUUCUGGACAUACAGAAGAAGUUACUUGCAUUGCUUGGUGUAGUGUUGGAGAAACUAAAAUUGUAACAUGUUCUGAUGAUUCAUGUCAUCGAAUUUGGAGAGUUGGCUAUGAAUAUAAAAUGGAUAACGAAGAAGUACAAAUACGAGGUCGUGCAGAAACUAUUCUUAAUAAGGAUCCACUGGAAAACUUAAAAUUAGAAACUACUCCAACUAUUACUCGACGCUGGGCUAUAUCUCAAGAACAUACACCGGAAUCCAUCACACCUAAUGUUACACCUGGACCUAUUUCAUUAGAUGCUUAUAAUCAAACUGAAAAUAAUCAAGGUACUACUAGUAGUUCAGUGAAAAGAAGUUACUCUCGAAUGAUAAUGGGGGGAUCAUGGUCUGAUGGAAAAUUUAGAUCAGUUUUAUCUUCUAUACAAGAGAAUAUCACAUUUCCCGCAAAACGAGUUCAUUUAGAAAAUCGUGGUGCACGAAGAUUAUUUAGCCCAAGUAAUGAUAAUAAUUUAUUAUUGAAUAGAGGUUAUGACUCUGAUGAACCAUGCACAAGUUCAUCUAGUACAGAAAGUAAAAAGGACGAAAUUCAUUUUUCACCGACAUUAAAUCUUCCAAAUUUUGUAAUUGAUGGCACAGCACCACAUUUACUUCAAGUAUCCCCGGAAAAAUACAAAGAAAAUGUCGAUUGGUUAACAAGAAUAAGAAGAGAGAAAUAUGAACAAAAAGUCAGGAAAACAGUGUCAGAAAAAUUGAGUAGCCCUAUUGCUCAUACAACGCCUGCAAGGAGAAAUACCAGAUCACGAUCUAUAGAACCGCAAAAAGUAUCAAAAAUACCAAAAACUCCAGCUCUCUCUUUGUUAAAUUUCUUUAAAGUUACUGAAAAGGACUGUGAAACAAAUAUGUGUUGUGACAAUACUAAUGUAAUGCCUUCCGCGAAAUCUUAA